AUGCCUUGGACGACUCAAAAUCAACCUGACCGACAAGUACCUUCUGGGGAGAAUAUCAACCCUGCUCAAAGUACAGGAGGAAAAGGAGAAUGGGAUGAGUUAUUAUCUUGGGCGUGGAAAGAAUUUAACCCUUCACAUCCUCAUCCCUCAAAUCCUUCUCAAUCUCAACACCCUUCACAUAUCCAUCAAUCUCACGCUGGACCAUCUCAACCUCGAAUUAGACAACAUGAUCAAUCACCUCAAAUACCUGGACCUUUUCCAAGUGCUGCCGUCACACCGGAACAAACUUGGGCGUUCACGGAACCCAAUACACCUAUACAUGAACACGCUUCAGGAUCUAGGAGAUUAAGAAGGGCGACGGAAGGUUCCGGGUCAAUUGGAGAAAGAGAGAUGAGAGAUAAAGGGAAGUUAAGUAUUGAACAAAAAGGAGAAUCACAUGAAGAAGAAUUACAACUUGAACGACAAAAUUUACAUGCUCAUUUGGAAAGAGAAGGAGAGAAUAGGGAAUCUGGUUCAUCAACGAUCUUGAGAAAUUCAUUACGAUCUCAAAUCCGUCAAGAAGAAUCAGGAGAAAUCUCUCUGGCUAAUUUUUUAUCUAGACAUUUCCCUUCUUUAAAUCCACCUUUUCCUCCUUCCACUUCUACCGACACGACUCAUUCAUCGUCUUUACCAUCAAGCGAUAAUUUGAUAAUUGAAGGGGGAUUGGUCCCUUCUCCAAACCCAAGUUUACAUCCUUGGAUAAGUGGUACUUUCCCUUCUAUCUCACCUCAAUCUUCUCAACUUACUCCAUCUUCGACUUCCACAUCAACAUCGACAUCACAAAGAUCUCGAUCAAAUCAAAUUCAAGGUAAUCAUGAAAGAAGACAUUCAAUAGAUACUGUACUCGCUAAAGCUAGAUCUACCAGUGCGAGAUCACAUUAUCCAUUACCUUCUUCAUCUUUGAACAAUCAAGCGGGACCUAGUCGUCAAGUAGAAUCUUCCUCUUCAAGUAAAACAAGAGCAGUCGGUGUCGGCUCUGGGUUAAGAGUCCCCAUGAGUGGAGCAGGAAUAGGAAUAGGAACAGGAACAGGAGUAGGAGUAGGAGUAGGAGUAGGGAUAAACGUUCUUAAUCAUACCAGAACGUCUAGUGGUGAAACUUCAAGAAAUCCAAUCUCUUCACAAGAAAUCAUAAAACAAGAAUCCCUCGCAUCAACAUCAGGUCCAAGUACAAGAGGUCGUUCUGUUUUACCAAGUCUAGGAAGAGGUGGUGGAAGAAGUACAAGUAAUAGUGGGGAACAAGAACAAGAACAAGAACGUUCACCUUCUGCUGAAGAAGAUCGUAGAGUUAGGAAUACAGCGGCAUCAGCUAAAUUUAGACAAAAGAAAAAACAAAGGUUGGAACAUCUUCGAAGGGAAGUAGGUGAAUUAGAUGGACAAAGAGAAGUUUUAUGGCAUCAAGUGGAAGAAUUGAAGAAAGAAAAUGGGUUUUUGAAGAAAAUGGUACAGAUGAAACUCGGUUUCGACCUUGUUGAUCCUGAUUCAGGUCCUGAGACAGAGGGAGGAGGAGAAGCAGGACCUAGUGGACAGGACUUGGAAUCUCCAGAAGAUCAAUCUACCUCUUGA